AUGGCUUGGAGUAAUCUUUGUCUUCAAAACCCUGCUCGACCGUGUGCUAUUGUGAUCCUUUGGCUACUUUGUCAUAGGAGACUUGCCACUAAAAGCAGACUUUGUAAGCUUGGCUUCAUCAACAUUUCUACUUGUUCUUACUGUGGUUUGAUCGAAACCGAUAGUCAUAUCUUUUUUGAAUGUAGUGAAUAUCGUGAGAUAUGGAUAGCUAUCCUUCAAUGGCUUCAAAUUGAUCAUAGUCCUAAGCAAUGGGAUGAUGAGAUAAGUUGGCUUGUGAAUAGAACUAAGGGCCAAGGCUGGAGGGCUAAAUUACUCAAACUAGCAAUUGCUGAAGGUGUCUAUGGCAUAUGGCUGCAUCGGAACAGACUGAUCUUUAGGACUCCUAAUGAUAGUAAACACACUAUACAAGGGAUUAUUGAUAAAAUUGUAUAUCGGGGCUGGACAUGUAGAGCUUUAAAACCACAUAUUGCUAGUCUUAUGAUUAUGUAG